AAAAUGAACCCUGUGGACUCCAAUCAACAUGGUGGCUCUCAGGAUUGACUCAUGCUGACUGUAGUUAGGCACAAAGUUUGAGUUUUUUGCAUUAAUUAACUUACAGUUUAAUUUCAGAUUAUGGGUCUAUCUUAACCGGGUAGACUCCCUUUGUUAAGCCAUGUUGUCAUCAGUGGUUUUCAGCCUCACAGCAGCCUCCAGAGGGAAGGUCAGGUCGCUGGUCUCUCUGAGCCGGAGCCCCUCCACCAAGCAGCCUCUCUCCACCGAUGGAACCCGCCACCUCACGCCCGAAUCCAGCGCUCCUCUCCCGGACAGCGAAGCUGCGGAGACGCGGAGACCCAAAAAAGACCCCAGCGGCCGCUCCGUACUCCUCUUCCCCGGGCAGGGCAGCCAGUUUGUGGGCAUGUGUAGGGGACUUUUGAAGUACCCUAACGUUAAAGAAAUGUUCACGGUAGCCCAGAGGAUCCUCGGGUACGACCUGCUGUCUCUGUGCCUGGAGGGACCCGAAGAGGAGCUGAUGAAGACGGUUCACUGUCAGCCGGCGGUGUUUGUCACCUCACUGGCUGCGGUGGAGAGGCUCAACCAUGAAAACCCCCAGGCCAUUGAGACGUGUGUUGCCGCUGCAGGUUUCAGCGUCGGAGAAUUCGCUGCCCUGGUUUUUUCCGGUGCCAUGAACUAUGCAGAAGCUCUGUAUGUGGUGAAAGUACGUGCAGAGGCCAUGCAGAAAGCGUCAGAGCUGGUUCCUAGUGGGAUGCUGUCAGUCAUCGGUAAACCACAGGCUCGGUAUAACUAUGCCUGUCUGCAGGCUAGAGAUCACUGCAAGAGCCUGGGGAUCAAGGACCCGGUCUGCUCGGUGGCCAACUACCUGUUCCCUGAUGGCAGGGUCAUCGCAGGACACCAAACGGCUCUGGAUUUCCUCAAACAAAACUCCAGACAGCUCCAGUUCAUGAGGGCCACUCCUCUCCCGGUCAGCGGGGCUUUUCACACUAAGCUGAUGGAGUCGGCUACUGAACCCCUCAAAGAGGUGCUCAAACAGGUGGAGGUCCGUCGUCCUGAGAUCAACGUGUACUCCAACGUGGAUGGCAAACGCUACAUGAACGAGAGCCACGUGCGCAGGAUGCUGGUGAAGCAGCUGGUGUCGCCUGUGAAGUGGGAGCAAACUCUGCACGAGAUCUACGAGAGGGCGCAGGGAGAGAAGUUCCCUCGCACUUACGAGGUCGGCCCGGGGAAGCAGCUCAGAGCCACACUCGUAAAGUGUAACAGGAAGGCCUCAACGAAUUAUGCAGACGGGACAGGCAUCACUAAUGAAGACUAAUAAUGCAGAGAUGUUGACUCUGUGAUGAAAACAGCCAAGCAGGAGGUCAAAAAAAUGGACCUCAGUGCUCUUCUUUUUUUGUGUGUGGACAUAAACCUGCAAGCUCCUGUG